AUGAUUCCGUCUUUGUUGACGGUAUCGACAAUUUCAGACCUCACCGUGGAUAUCUCCCGCCUUCUUAAGGAUCCGGACUCUGAUGAGUCUUCACCGGCCCCACAACAACAGCUUCAGCAGCCUCAACACCCUCAAAACCCUCAACCGCCUCAACAACAUCACCCCCAACCACACCAGCAGCAGCAUCAACAGCUCCGACCUCAGCAGCAUCAUCUACAGCAUCAGUUCCACCAGUAUCAGCAUCACCACCAAUUUCAGCAACACCAACAGCAGCCACAUCAGCAACCGCGACAUAGCCAUCACACGCGAUCAUCUUCGGUCCCUUCUUCAGGGCUACAGCUAGAAGUUUCUUCCCCUGGGUUUACCAUCCUGGGUGCUGGGGUGCCUGGCAAACGCACCAUGCCUCCCCAUUCCUCCGAGUCGCCUGCUAAGAAGCAGAGCAAGUGGUCGGCAGAGGAGGAUGCUCUGAUUAUUGACCUACGUGGUGGCGGGAUGAAGUGGGAGGACAUCUCCAAACGUCUUCCAGGUCGAAGCGCAAUUAGUUGCCGGUUGCAUUAUCAAAAUUACUUGGAGAGACGAAGUGAAUGGGACGAGGAGCGCAAGAACAAGCUUGCAAGACUUUACGAGAGGUUCAAACCAGAGAUGUGGUCCAAAGUCGCCGAAGAAAUGGCAGUUCCCUGGCGCGCUGCCGAAGCCAUGCACUGGCAACUCGGCGAGGCAGAUAUGGCUCGUCGCGCUGGCGUUGUGCCCUUCUCCCUCUCGAAUGUUGCACUUGAGGCGCCUCCAUCAGGGCACCGAUCUUCGCCAAACCGCGGGCAUUCCCAUAGCCAAUCUCACUCCAGUUCCGUAGGGUCAUCCUCCUCCGCCUCUAGGUUUGGCGGCCCAGCUACUGUGCAGAGCUCUUCCACCGGUGGGCGGGGAACUGCUGUAGCCUCUUCAUCAAGGACGAUUUCAGCAGGGAGGGAGAGUACUCCUAGAUCUGUUCCACCACCGAGCCCCGGUGAGGGGUUGGCUUUGGCUGCGCUUGGGGGCGGCGGGAUGAUGAUGGGAAUGGGUAGGGGAGGCGCUCCACUACUCCCCAGUGUUGCGGAGAUGACAACAGGUGUUAGUCCGUAUAGCCCGCCAGCCUACGCGACGUCGAUGCCUACGAGCGGAGGUGGUUAUUCUAGUCCCGGGCCAUUGCUACCGCCGGUAGGGUCAAUGGCUCCCAGGCCAGAAGGAAAGAGGCAGCGUAGUCCAGAAAUGGGAGCACGAGACUCGAGCCGUCGCAGGCAGUGA